AGUUGCGCCAGCCACCGGUCACUUCGCGACUACGAAUGAUUGCUGUUUUUUUAAACAGCGUUUCUCACCCCGAAUAGCUUCUGAAAGCCCCAGAAUUUGUGGAAGUUGUGAUAUACAAAUAUCUGAGGCUAUGAGAAUCAUCUUCACAGACGCGAGUAUCGUCCUCGUAUGAAUGCGCUUCACGCCUCAGCAGCGGCACCAUGUUUCAAAUAAAAGGCAGACUGUCCAGCGUCAGGGACAAAGUUAGCCGCUAUUUCUCUGGUAGCCAUGAUUCGACCAAGCGCGAGAGCGCCUCUUACACGAUCAAACGCCCAAAGCUGGCAACAUCAGAGUCCUAUCGACUGCGCUGGGCGUCCGACAACCAGCUCGACGAAUUAAUACGAAACUACAGAGAAUUCGAUGGAAUAUGGGACAUUAUUGCUGGAGCUGUUAAGCACCACUACGAGAAUGAUAAUGUUGGCGCAAUGGUCAAGGCAUUUUACCCUGAUUGGGCUGCAGGUUCAACCCCUCCAGAUUCACCCUAUGAGCAGGCGCAGUUUCUUGACCAGCAGAUUCAAGAAAUGCUUCUAUUCCUGAGACGACUGUAUGGAAAGGAUGCUAUUUAUGCGCUACGGGAUAACAACCAGUUUGUUCCUAGCAGUCUCGGCUCGAAAUACAACAGCAAUGAAGUCGCAACCAUCGAGCGCAUACGAAAGUUUCUUAGCGAACCAACGCUGCCAUACCAUUCGAAACAAAUAUUGGAUAUCGUCAAGGUCGAUAUGAUUACCAUACCCAUCAAUUUCAUAGAUCAGAUUGUACUGGACCUUUCAGCUCUUUCUGUUUCACAGACACCCCCCAGCUAUGUUAGUUCCGAAGACUAUUGGAAGAUUUUAUCACAGGCAUUCCCUCAACCCACACGUUCAGAUAAGCCACGAAACACGGAUAUUCCAGGCAGCUUUCCAACCUUCAAAAAUGACGAUGAUUCCGUUUCCCACAAAGCUCGCUCUGUCUAUGCGGUCCCCGCAUCCGAUUCUGUUCGAUCGAAGAAAGAAUCAUCUCGCAAUGAACCUUCCCGACCACGAACUGUAAUGCAAACUCUCAUGGCGAAGAGAAAAAUUUCGCAUUCAGACGGCGCAGAAUCAGAAACUCUCAGCCGAAGCAUGAUGCGGUCCACACCGUCCUCAAGUGGUUCCGUCUUGGGCAAUGACCAGCUUGGCGACCUAACAAAGUCAUUAAAAACAUUCUCUAUUGGAAAACUGCACGGUCGUGCUCCAAAGAAGAGCUCUAUAUGGUCGACAUCAACGUCCCGGAUUCCCAAGUACCCACGACCCAUGCGCGCCAACCCUCUGAUACCCCAGGUCGAUGAGUCGACUGUCAAAGUGCCACAGUCGAGUGAGUUUCUAUUUAAACCGUCAUCUUCGAGCUCAUACUACUCAAAAUCAUUCGGUAAUGAUUUUCGGUUUUCAAAGUUGGAUACAAUUUCGGCCAACAUGGGUCUGUCAGCUGUCGUUUCGCGCGAUACGUCUCAAGUUGAAGACGGAAAUGAAGAUGUCGCAAAACUAGAUGACGAAAAUAAGGAUAAUAUAGACGAGAUCCAAGAACAGGCCAGAAUCCGUCUUCUUGGUGAAAAGGAGCUGGACUCUUGGGCCAGCUCUCAGACGUUGCGAGUAACGCUCCCUCUUAGACCAGCACAACCAGUGCGCAACAUUGAAGAUAUAUUCAAUGAGCCAUCGGAACGCAAACUUGCCAUUAAUGAUAGUAUUAAAACGGCCCUAGAUGCGAAAAAGCGUCACUUGGCGGCAGUAGCUGCUGAGAAGAAGAGAAAGGAAGCAGAAGAGCGGGCCAAGGCUGAGCUUGCGAAACGACUGGCUGAAACCGGGGGUCUUCGAAUGCCUAAGAUAAAUAUUAUCUCUCCACUUUCGACCGAGUGGAAGGAAAAGUCACGGAGUACACUACUGCGAGACGCUGCGGACACUAUAGCAACGACUAACGAGGGUACAACCUUGCGCUCUCACGAUUUCGCUACCGUGGUUCCUGCUACUGAAUGGCUGAAUGACGAAAUUGUAAACGGUAGUCUGAAUUGGCUGGAUAAAGCCAUCAAUUCCGCGGCCGGGAUCACGGAUGUCAAGAAACAAACGCGCAAGUGCUUGGCGAUGUCAUCAUUUGUUUGGAAACGGCUUCAGGACCAAGUGACUGGCACACAGAGAAUGCUGCGCCGCUCCGGUGUCUCCAAGGAUAACCUGCUUUUGAUCGAUACUAUACUUUUGCCAAUCUGCGAACGGUCGCAUUGGACGUUGCUGGUUAUACGACCAUCGAAGCGGACCAUUGCGCAUAUGGACUCGUUAAACCCGGCUGGCAACUCCAAAUAUACGGAACGCGGACUGGACUGGAUGAAGGAUGUCCUGGAAGGCAAUUUUGUGGCUGAUGAAUGGAAGAUCGUACGUCACACUGCUCCGCGUCAGACGAAUGGUUAUGAUUGCGGAGUCCACACCGUCACCAACGGCAUAUGUGUUGCCCUUGGCCUUAGUCCAAUAGAUAGCUACUCGUCAGAUGAGAUGCCCCUGCAACGGCUCCGGCUUGCCUCUGUUUUGCUCAACGGUGGCUUCCAUGAGGAGUUUGAUCUUAGUGUUUACUAAAGCAGACACACACGAGACAAGGGAUUACGGUUCAGGACUCUCUACACACGUACACAUAACCAUCUUGUGCGAGGCAAGGCGAGGAUUUUACCAGGAAGCAUAGAUGACUACUUUUUUUGUACAAUACAACUAGACGACCACGAACCUACGUAUUCUGUGUCAGCCCAAUCGUUUGAGUAUCUUCUUUUCGUGUCUUGGAUCUAUAUGCAUUUCCCGCCGGUUUAUUCAUUAGAGGGGG